CAUCACAUUCCACAUAACUUUACAAUUUCCUGAAUCCCAACUUUGCUCAUACUAUCAUGGCCUGAGAUAUGUAUGAUAAUUAGCUCACAGUAGUAUCACUUACAAUUCUUUACUUUUUAUCAAGAUGGAGAGCCAUAAGAUCUGCAACUGGGAAGAUAACGUCCUGCCAAUGAUCAAAGCGCCUUACUGGGUCGCCGAUGACCCAGAAGGAGUAGGCCAAACAUGGAUCGACGAGAUGCAAAAAUGGGGCGGAUGGAAACUUUCUAAUUACGACGAUGUCAAGAAAAGAGCAGUUGGUAUAUACAAGCAUCUCCGCUCCAAGGCGAUGCCGGUCACUCGGAACCCGGACCAGUACUGGCCUGAAGACGCCCUCGAGGUGUUUCGGAACUGGGCAAACAAUGGUUUUCCGAAGGAUGUAAAUGCCGUACAUACACAAGUCCUGGAGCCAGUCAUUCCGGAGCCCAAUGACCCUCCUAUCUUCUACCGGGUGAGAAAGGAUAUCAUGAGCAUGAGUCGAGAGGAGCUUGUGAUCUAUCAGUCUAAGCUGGAUGACAUUCUCCGUGUUAGAGAACUAGAUUCCAAAUGGCAGGAACUUGGCGUUCUUCAUGCAUACUGGUGUCUUCACUACCAAGAAGCUACUUUUCUAUGGCAUCGAGCAUAUCUUAGAUACGUUGAAGAGUUGAUCGACUAUGGAAUUCCUUACUGGAAUGGAUAUGCAAAGCAAGCUUCUUGUGCAACCUCGGAGUUCGCAGGCAUCCCCCCUAUUUUUCUCGAAGAGACAUAUGAGCAUCCGUCAGGCGAAACGAGACCGAAUCCCCUUCGAUUUGCGUUAGCACUAGGCGGCAAGUCAAAGCAAGCACCUAACACUACUGUGACUAGGAACUCAAUCUUGACUGAAGGCCCAUCUUCUCCUGGAUGGAGAGAGAAGAUUGGACUUUUCAAGAAGUAUCAUGAGCAGAUAUCUCAUGCCCUUCAGCAGUCAACAUAUACAACAUCAGAGUCGGCUCAACACUUCGGCGUACCUUGGGCUAACAUUACAAACUUCAGUGAUGACCAACCAGAUGGAGACUAUCCUUUUCGUUUCGACUUUGAUGGUUUGUUUGAGCAGGUGCAUGAUAACUUCCACGGCUGGGUAGGCCCGGAUAUGGCCGAUAACACUUACACUGCUUUCGACCCUAUCUUCCUAUCGUACCACGCAAACAUGGACCGCCUAACUGGUAUUUUUAUGGAUGCCAACCCGGAUAAUCAGUUCACCUCUCGCUUCCCUCUACAGCCCUUCAUUAACAACGGCACCGAUAUUGACUAUGAUGAUCCUCGGCGUUGGCGCUAUACUACUAUUGGUGAUAUGGCAAAGGACACACGCGCACUUGGUUACAUGUACGGUGAACCCGCAAGCCCUGACUUCUACACUCGCAAGACUGCUGAAGAAAAGGGCAUUCGUCGUGCUGUCCCAAGUGGAGGCAAAGCUAUAGUUCUACCUAUUGGCUUACCAGGCCAUAAUGAAGAUAGCAUCGUCACCAACUCUACCAAAAGCACUGAUAAGAGAGAGCUCAUCCCCUACGUCAUCUUCACUGAAGUUGGCUGCACAACAUCCAGUUACCAAAUCGACGUGUUCACAGCUGGGGCAAACUCAACUAUCCCUGAUGCAGUCGGUAACCCCGACUUUAUCGGGCAGGUGACACGACUAGGCAUGGGUCCUGGAAAGGAUGGGUCAGGGCCGCCAAACACAAGUCGAUGCCGCAAGCCAACCGCAACAAGGGUUCUUCCAGCUGGAAAGUUCAAGGAUCGCCUUUCAAAGAGCGAUGUGCUGAAGAUUACUGUGACAGACUUGGAGACGGGCAAAGAGAUUGAUGAAGAAGAGUAUACGAAAAUGUCAGGUUUUGUUCCAAAGCUGGCUUGGCUGCCGGAUUACUAGUUUCCAUUCAAAUCAACUUGAGAAUUGCAAGCCCACAUGAAUAGGCCUGGGCGACUAGCAGGUAGCAAUAGCACGAUGAUCAAAGUCAGAUGAGCCAACUGGUUUGACUUAUUCCUUAGAUAUCAGGGCCUAGUUAUGCCUAUUGUCAAAUCUGCUUCGUUGUAUUCUCAUACCGC